UCCUGCAUCUGUGAUUUGGCUGAAGAAAGGACAAAGCGUUAAAACACACAUAAAAACUCCUGGUGAAGCAGCUGAGAUCCAUUUGAUACUAUUACAAAGAUGGCGUUUAUUAAAGAGGAGAGUGAAGACAUGAAGAUUAAAGAAGUGUUCAGUCUCAAACAUGAAGAUACUGAGGAACAAACAGACCUGAUGGCGCUGAAAGACGAGAGUCAAGAACUGAAUGAAACAGAAGAGAAAGAUCAGGAUGAGAAAUAUCAUGACUUCAAAAUCGAAGAAAAAACGAUUAGUCGCUUACAAACUGAAGAGAGUUCCUCACCAAAAAACCCUCAAAAAACACAAAAUACAAACCUUAAUCCCCACUUGGUAAUUCAUAAUGGAGAGAGCUCUUUCACCUGCCAAGUGUGUGGAGACAUUUUCGAUCGAAAAGAAAGCCUUAGAAACCACAUGAAAAUUCACUUUGAAAAGAAGCCAUUCAUAUGCACUCAAUGUGGAAAGAGUUUGACACAUAAAAAAACCCUUACACUGGAGAAAAGCCUUUCACCUGCUCUCAGUGUGGAAAGAGUUGUAUGACUAAAGGAAACCUAAAUGUUCACAUGAGAAUUCACACAGGAGAGAGACCUUACAAGUGUCUUCAGUGUGAGGAGACUUUCACAUAUCAAAGCGACCUGAAACAUCAUUUGCAAACUCAUUCUGGGAAGAAAUAGCUGUUUUUCUCAAAGUGACAAGAGGUUUAGAAAACAGAAUGAUUUCUUGGAUUACCCCCUUCUCAUUUCUUCAGAUAUCUACAGAUAUGGAAUUAUGUUAAAAGUGAUAUACCAAUUUUAAAAUUUACCAAUCCCCUGAAAAUCUUUAUAUUUGUAUGACAUCUGAUCUCAAUUUAAAGGGUCUUGUUUCUAGAUUUGAUGAAUAUUUUAAUAACAAGGGUUCCUCCUACACAACAUUUGAAGAUGCCUUGGGAGAAAGACCUGGGUACUGAUCUUUCAAAAGACACUUGGA